CACCCCGCAAACAUCAUACGACGACCAGCCCACGAGCAGACUACCUUACCCUUAGUGCCACAUACUCAUCACACUACAUAGACCGUCUACCAUUCUUCACUCACCAAGGCGAGGAAAUAAGCCUCAGUCGCAGAAAACGCUUGCUCAUGAACGCCAUUCAGUAACAGGCCACCCCUUGCAAAAGAUACAAGACACAAAAGGCACAAAACACACAAGCGGCGCGAUGCUUCUCAUCGGCCUCACAGGGUCCAUCGCGACAGGCAAGUCGACGGUCUCGGCUCUGCUGUCCGCGCCGCCCUACUCGCUGCCCGUUAUCGACGCCGACCUGCUAGCGCGCGAGGUGGUCGAGCCCGGCACGGCCGGCUACAAAGCCAUCGUGUCGUACUUUGGCCCCAGCACGCCGGAUCUGCUUGUGCCCCCCGCAACCAACAACAACAGCAUGCCCGAGAACGGCCCCACAGGCAGAGGCCGGCCGCUCAACCGACCGGCGCUGGGGCGGCGCGUGUUCGGCGACAGCGCGGCAGCUAAGCGCGACCGCGCCGCGCUCAACGCCAUCGUGCACCCGGCGGUGCGGCGGGCCAUGCUGGGCGCCGCCGCGCGCGCGUACGCAGCGGGUCACCGCGCCGCCGUCCUCGACGUGCCGCUGCUCUUCGAGAGCGCGCUCGACCGCUUCUGCGGCACCGUCCUCGUCGUCGCCGUCCGCGACCCCGACACCCAGAUGCGCCGCCUACGCGCCCGCGACCCACACCUCUCCGCUGACGACGCCGCUAACCGCGUGCGCAGCCAGGGUGACUUGCGCAACAAGGCCCGCCGCGCAGAGGUUCGUGGGGGUGCUAGGGGCUUGGUGGUCUGGAACGACGCCGGCCGCGACGAGCUCGCUGCCGAGGUCCGCCGCGCUAUGGAAGUCAUCGAUGCUGCGAGUCCCCGCUGGUGGAGCAUGGUGCUGUGGCUGUGCCCGCCUGCUGCUGUCGUGGUCGGGCUGUGGAAUUUCUGGAUGAAUGUGAGGAUUAAUAGACGGUGGGCCGAGGUUGAGCUGAGGGAGAGGGCGAAGCUGUGAAGGGAGGGAUAGGGGUGG